UUUAUGUUUUAACAGAUGCUGAACUUCAUUAGUAGUCAAACCUGUGUGUACGUCUUGAGUACUGUAACGGGGCAUAAUGCAAUUGUUAAAAUCGUUAUUUUGGUUGUUCGUGGUGUUACAGGUGAAUCUUCUUGUCACGAACUAUCCCAGCGGGGUUGAAGCACAAGAGCCAGCGUUUGAACUUCCUGUUGAACUGGUUGGAUUCCCUUUCAUUAUAUUAGCCGUCAGAAUUUCCAAUUUUGUUAAGAAGUUGGCCUAUACUGUGAAUCCCAAAACUUACGUUGGACGAACGAAAAGAGAGGCCAUCGCCUACGACGACAUGAUCGAUAUGAUUGAGGCAGAAAAACGUCUAGUUUCCGAGCUUGGAGAGAACGUUUGUAUUUACACGAAAGUGUGUUUAUAUCACGCCGAGAAGACAAGAAAAACAAAAGGCAACGGGGAAUUGGUCAUUGAUUGGGACGAAAUUUUCAGGAACUACAAGUCUUCGAAGGAACACCACAAGGAAUUCUACCUUUUGAGCGUCUUUUUGGGAGAUUUCAUUGCCUCCCCGAAAUUUUGUAAUCAACUAGCAAAAAGAGGACGUGCUUGUACUGAUUGAUAGCCAAUAAUGAAGAAACUUCUCCCUUAGUGUCCUUUUAUAAUGGUGUUACAAGCGUGUGAUAACGCAUUGGACUUUCAAGAGUCAUUUAUCUGUUUUAAUACCAAAUCUAAUCUAUUCAAUUCUUGUUAAUUCUUUCAUGCAACAAAUAUUUCGGAAAUUUUUUUAAUAUUUUUUCCUGUAUCUCCGUCAAUUUGUGACUGAUCAUGAACAAAGCCAUUUAAUAUCUGAAUUAUUGUGUGAGAAAGCCAAGUGUCGUAUUGUACAUAUUCAUCAUUCUACUUUUCUCACCGAUGUCUAAUUUAUUUAGAUUAGGUGAAGGUGUACAAAAUAGUUUUAUUGAGAAUAAAUUAUUAUAUUACA